UAGAAGAGGCCAGGCAAGUAAUAAUGACAGCUUCUUGUUCUUUAUUCCUUUACCCCUCCUCUCCUCUUCACUUCGUCUACCUGGCUAUAGUUCAAGUCCUCCACUCCUCUCCUCUGCCUGUUCUGCCGGGCAAUAGUUCUAGUCCUCCACUCCCCAGGCCAAAUCGUGACAGUUCAAUAAUGCCAAACUAUUCCUGGAAUAUCAAGCUAACGCCUCAGCAAGAAGCAGCCUGACUGUGCCUGUAUAAGAUGCACUGGAACCCGGAGCAUGCCCAGUCCCUCAGCCAGUGGCCUGAGCAGCACCUGGAUGUGUCCUCCACCACCUCCUCGCCGGCCCACAAGUCCGAGCUGUACACCGCUGGCCGAACCCACGCCAGAGGAGGCUCCACCCACGGCUACGCCUGGGCCAAUGACGACAUUGGUGCCCUAACCGCCUCCAAUCUGCUAAAGAGCUAUGCAGAGAAGUACUCUGGUGUUCUAGACUCACCCUACAACCGUCCACCGGGGCCCACUGUAGGGGCCUACCCAGAGCCAGGGGCCUUCGGGGGCCUCAAUGGCCUCAAGACUGAGCUGGAGCCCUGGCCCCUGAGCCACAGUGCGGAGGGGCCCUACCCCGGGUCCCUGGAUGGUCUGUCAGGCCCCAAGGUUGGGGCCACAUCAGCAGGGCCCCCAGGGGCCAGCAGUGUGUCAGUGGUCAACAGUAACCUCUCAGACUCUGGAUAUAGUGGUAGCAGCUCCUGCUCUGGGUCUCACUCUGGUGACUACAACCCCCCCAGCUACAACGGUACCUACCUCUCGUCUGGGUACUGCCCCGGGCCCCUGCCUGGCUCAGCACUUCCCCCCGCCUCCCUCCACCACCCCCUCCAGCCCACGCCCACCCUGGUGCCCAGCUACUCGCCCUCCACCCAAGUUUACAGCUACCCGCCAAGCAGCUAUCCCCACCAGCCCAGCCUGGCCCCCGCUUACAGCCACCCCUCUGCAGGGUACUUACACUCCGGGCUGGCCACCCCUACUCCUCUCCCCUCCCGGCCCACCGUAGUCGGGGGUAGCUACAGCUACCAGGAGUCUGGAGGUGGGGUGAAGAGGAAGGCAUUUGACAUGUCAUUGGAAGAGGAGGGGGAAGUUUCUCGAUACAGGAAGUAUUCAGGCUACGACCCAAUGAAGUCCGGAGGAGGAGGGGACUCUCUCUCUCCCUACAGCAUGGGGGAUAAAGGAAACAUCAGAUUCACCACAGGCAGCACAGAUCCCCUGGCAUUUAAGCCCAGUAAGCCCUCCUCCCAGCCCCUGGUGUCCCCUCCCUAUAUGGUGGCUGUAGCAGGGGAGAACAGCCCGGCAGCAGGGAUGACUGGAGAGAACGUAGGAGGAGGAGGGUCAGAAAACCAGGGCUUCUCCCACUCCCAGCAGCAACAGCAGCAGCACCGCUCCUCCCAGGCUCACAACCAGAAACGCCCCUCCAUCCACGGCCAAGGCCAGCCUGGGUCUGGACCAGGGGAGACAGCCAGCCUGAAGAGUCCAGACCCCAUGGUUCUGGAUCUAGUCAACGGGGAAGUGCUGGACUGCAGCCCAGCCCUGCUAUGGGGGGAGCUGGCUGGGCUGACCCACGUCAAAGCUGCCCUGGAGGAGGAGCUGUUGUGGCCCUGUCUAAGGCCCAGCCCCACCAUCCUACCCCCAGCCACCGUGCUGCUGUUCGGCCCCCGGGGAAGCGGGAAGACCACCCUGGCCCGCUCCAUGGCCGCCCAGCUGGGGGCCUCCUUCUAUAGGCUCAGCGGGGCCAUGUUAGCUUCUAAAGGCAAGGUGGAUGCCGAGGGGAUCCUGGGGGCCACGCUGCAGGUGGCGGGGGCGAGACAGCCUUCUGUUGUGCUGCUCAGUGAAGUGGAGGCUCUGGAGGAUGAGGAGGGUCUGAGGCAGGUGUUGCUAUCCGCCCUGGAGAAGGCCCAGAUGGGGUUAGGGUCGGCAGGGGGAGCACCUGGGCUGGUGAUUGUGGUGUGUACCACCGGCAGGCCAGACCUGCUCCAGGAUACGGUGCAUCGAAGCUUCGCCAAGCACUACCACGUGGGCCUGCCAGAUGCGGGGAUGCGGAGACAGGUGCUGCUGCAGGCGCUAGUGCCCCAGGGAUGUUCUCUCAGUGACAGGGAGCUGGGGGCUGUACUGCAGCGGUCAGAGGGCUUCUCUGUGUGGGAGCUGCUGCAGCUCUGCCAGCAGGCCCUAUCCUCAGCAUCCUCCUCGGGCCCUCAGGGGCCCUUACACAGCCUUUCAGGACAGGCUACGGGGCCCCCAGCCCUCAAAGACUUUGAGAACGCCUUCUGCAAGGUGCGUCCGCAGUCGCACGCCACCCCGAAAGAACUGGACACUUGUAUGGAGUGGAGCAAGGUGUACAGUCAAUGAGAAGGCAGGGAGACAGCCACUGUAUGUAAUAUAAAUGUAGGGGACUGUGAAUGUAAACCCUGUCUUCACUUUUGACAUGAUGAUGAGUCUUGGGAAUGUUUUACUGUUUAGUUUUUUUGUAAUUACUUAUUAUUAUGCAACCAAAAGAGUUAGAUUGUCAAGAUCGAAGGUUUGGGAGAGAUGAGAAGCAGAUUUAACAUAGGUUUCUCUGGUUAGCAUGCUGAUGUUUCUAUUAAAUAUACAUAUACUUUAUUUUUCCCAAAGAAAAAGAUAGAUGAGGCCUUUGUGGACGGGGCAGUGUAUUACAGUAGUAGUUGAACCUAUAUGGUGGGAUAACUGCAUCAUUGGAGAUUACUUCUCAAAUCCUAACUUGAGAUCCAUGUGCAUAACUUGUCUCAAAUCUCGACAUCAGUGCAUGAAUCACGCAAAGUCGAGUUUUGUGCAACGUGCAUCUCUAGACAGUUUGGAUUCCACCCAAAGUUUCAUAUUUUUUUGUGAUCCAGCACAUAAAUCAGUAAUGUGUUGUCAAGGUGACGUAGUCCAAGGUGAUGGAUCAUCAGGAUCUUUAGGAACAACCUGGACUUGUCCAAUAAGAAACACCUUUUUUUUGCUUUCCGUUGCAAAACAGAUUGAAAAGGGGCAGGACUACCUGGACUCGUCCAAUAAAAAACACACAUUUUCGUUGCAAAACAUUUUAAAACAUUUGUUUCCUCAUGAACAUGACCCAAGGAUUGUUUGAGAGAUCCCUCUGUCGUCUGACUGUUUUAGUUUUCAUUGGUCAGGUGGAAACAGCUUAGAAUCUAUUUGAACAACUAUGGUGGGGGUUUUUCCCACAAAAAAAAUGAUCAACAAUUCCUCAUUGUCUCUUAGCAUUAUGGGUUAUUAACUUAAAACACCGCUUUUAGCUUCUCGCCAAAGUCAUGUCAUUGUGCUGAAAUAAUUCAACAAAACGCAUCAUCAUCAUUUGAUCUGGUCUUAUCGUGGACACUUUGGGAUCAAUGGUCCCUCUUCCCCCUAUAGUACAGUAUCACAUCAUUCACAGCUGUUUUGGAGACAAACCCACUACAAUAGCUCAUCAAUUGUGUACAUCCUGAAUGGUGCCGUACGUACAAGAAAAAACGUUAACAUGCAACUUUACAAAAACGUUGAAAUGGAACACAAAUGUCAUGAGACUAGGUUGUGGUUGAAUAUACAACACUAUCAUUCAAAGCCAUGAGUAUAACAUCCACACAUACAAUAUAUUUGAACUGUGGUUUAUCACACAUUCCUCAUUCGGUGCAGUUUUCCCUGAGAAUGCUGCUUUAAUACAGCCCUGUAACACAGACAAGCACAUCAAGGCAAGAUGGCGCUUCCUUUGAUGUCUGUUUGUCUCUUUCACCUAUCUGCUGGUUUUCUUCGUAUGUAUGUAUGUAGUCUUGUUUGAAAUGCUCAGGAAGAAUUUCUUUACCUCAAAGAAGAAAUAAAGAAUGUAUGUAGUCGUCAGUCUUAGUGAAGAGAGUCAAAGAGGGGAGGAAGAGCUGACGAGCAAGAGGAGAAAAGACCUCACACAGUCCUGUUGUAUACACACUGCAGCUGUCUGUGCAUAUGCCUCGAGGGAGAAACUUGAAAAUGCUACAAAGAGUAACAUUGAAUGUAAUUCAGGUAUUUCAAAGGAUAUUUGAUCCCAUAAAAUCCAUGUUUUUAUUAUUAUUAUUAUAUAUGAAUAUAUAAAUACAAAAAAAAUCGUAUCCUUUUAUUUUUAAUGUAGAUGUUUUUGGUGGAAUGAUGAUUGUCUUUAUGAAGUGUUAUGUAGAACACAGAAAAUAUUCAUUUUUUUGCUGGACAAACUGUUUACAAAUCAACCCAAAGCAUUGUGAGUUAACAUGUCAUAUUCAUGCAUUAAUGUUAUAUACAUCUUUUAUUGUAAUAGAUGCAACUCUUUAUAGAAAUCUAUUAAUAAAAGGUGCACAUUUAUAUUCCAAGCCUGGACACAGACAAGAAGCAGUAAAACCAUUGUCAUACACAUUUAAUUCUCAUAUACAUUUAAGUGUCAUAUACAUUUAAUUGUCAUAUACAGCAGAAAGAAAAUAGAAAAUGAGCAAGGACCUAAAGAUGAAUCAGUUAUAUGCAUUCGGCAGCUAAUCAUGUCUAACAAUAACCAUAUAUUGUUAAUCAGUAUUAUGUACAAUACAAUACAAUCCUAAAUAUAACAUGACAAUCCAGAGAAAAGCAUACACACAGGGUUGUGCUAUCGCUACUACUCUGUUUAACAACAGCCUGGAAAUAUCUUGUCAUUCAGUUGAGCUGCAGGUACUGAGGUGAGGUCAUGAUUAUUGGACCGUUACCAUGGUGUGCAGACCGCAGGUACACUGGAGGAUGAUGUAAUCGUCUUCUGCUUCUUCUCCUUCUCCCCAUCUCUCGCUCUUCUCGUUAUCUCUCUUUCUCUGUACCCAAUGCAGUUAUUAUAGAGGUAGGGUCGUCCCUAUAGCCCUAGCUGCUGGCCCCAGUGACCAUGUGGCUGGCCCCCUCUGCCCUCUCCCUCCUCCAUCGAUCCCUCCCCUCCUCCUACCCCCUGCUUCCCUCCUCCUUUUGGAGUGGCAUUGCUCUGAUUGAUGUCCGGGAACCUAAUAUCACAACCCUGGCCUCUCUCCAGUCUCCCCUGUACAGCUGGUGGCUUCAGUCAUGCCAUAGAGCCGGGUCAAACACACUGACCCCAGGGUUGAGGCACAUUUGGUAAAAGUAGGACACUAUAAGGGGAAUAGGGUGCCAUUUGGGACACACAGUAGGUUUAAGAAACUGGAAAUACAUCUUCAAACUAAGCAGGAGAAAUAAGCCUUAGGGAGCCUCUGAGAGAUGGGUUUAAAUAUGGAAUCAUUUAUGUGUCAUAACAUUAAGAUACAUAAUUUAUAAGGAUCAUUAGAGGAAGUUAUAAUUCGUUUUCAGAUAGAGGUGUUACAUAUCAGGCAGGGGCUGGGGCUUGAGGCAAAUUGUCGUAGUUUAUAACAGAAUUCAUGGGAGUUUAGUUCAUGAAAAGCAGCCGAUAUCAAUACUAUCAUUAGUUAAUGUGAAUAAUGAAAAAUAUUUCAGCUAUUUCCCAGAGCCCAGAUUCCCAAAAUCCUCCAUGUUUGUCAAACAUGUAGAUUCAGAAAAACAUAAUCAUUUUGUUCAUUAUUCUGUCAGUUGUUUUAUUGUUUUUCAUUAAUGGAUUACCUCACUCUACAUAUGUUACUGCUUAAUGUAUUAAUCAGAGAUAAUGAGUGGGAAUAGGUCUUAUCGUUAGAGGUAUUGAUGAUUGGGUGAGGUAGUACUUCCUGUUUGACUCAUGCAUAUCAUUGAUAUCAUCUCUACAAUACACCUUUGUUUAAUCAGUGUUGUGUCUUAAAGCCAAUAAGGAAACAAAAAAUACAACAACAGUUUGUUCAACAAAAUCGGCUUUUGUUAGCUGUUUUUAAUCUAAUAUUACAGUAACUUUGUUCUUGCUUCUUGUACAUCUUCUGUAACCAUUUCUACCUCAUUUGGCAACAUAUUGUACAUGAAAGUAUUAAUUUCAUGUCUUUUUUAUGUCUGUUUUCAAACUGAUAAUAAUGUUCUUGAACUGUAAUAAUGGUCUACCUCAGAAAAGACUGUAUUUUAAGAGAAUAUUAUUACACAAUAUUAAACAGAAAUAUGUCAAUAUUGGA